AUCAAUCACAGUAUAUAUCCUCAAAAUGCCACUCACUGUCAAGAACUAAUUUAAUCACUGUCAAUAUGGGAAGAACAAAAACAAUUAAAGAUGUUGAUAGACUGUUACCGGUUACCCUUGUUGUCGUAGCUCUUCUCCAGUGUGUUGCUAAUAUUGAAGUUGUUGUUGGAGCACCAACGGUACCAGCAAUGUUUGUGUUUGGAGAUUCAUUAGUUGAUCAUGGAAAUAACAACUAUUUGAGUUCCAUAGCUAGAGCUAACUACAUGCCUUAUGGAAUUGAUUUUAAUGGUUGGCCUACUGGGAGGUUCUCUAAUGGAAGGACCAUAAUUGAUAUUCUAGCGGAUAAACUGGGAAUACCUUAUAUUCCAGCGUUUGCUGAUCCAACCACAAGGGGUUCUAAAUUACUUGGUGGUGUGAAUUAUGCUUCAGCAGCGGCAGGCAUUCUUGAUGAGACUGGCCAACAUUAUGGACAAAGGUUUAGUUUGGGCACACAAGUACUGAACUUCCAGAGCACAUUGGAUCAACUAAGGAGUCAGAUGGGGAAUGGAAGGAACCUGACCCAAUACCUAGCCAAAUCCAUUGCUGUUAUGGUCUUUGGUAGUAACGAUUACAUCAACAACUUCCUUAUGCCUUCUAUGUAUCCUUCCAGUUUUAACUACAGCCCUGAGGAUUUUGCCAACCUUCUCCUCAACCACUACACCCGCCAGAUUCUGGCCUUGUACAGUGUAGGACUACGGAAGUUCUUGCUAGCAGGUAUAGGCCCAUUGGGAUGCAUUCCAAACCAGAGAGCCUCUGGUCAGGCACCAAGGGGACAGUGUUUUCAGCAUGCAAACGAGAUACUCGGAACAUUUAAUGUAGGGCUCCGAACACUUGUGAAUCAACUCAACGCUAACCAUCCCGGAUCUAUAUUUGUAUACGCCAAUACUUAUGGUGCAAUGGGUGAUAUUCUCAACAAUCCUGCUAUGUACGGAUUCAACACUGUUGACCAUGGUUGUUGCGGAGUUGAGGGCAGUGGACGCAUAACUUGCCUUCUUGGGUCCAUGCCAUGCCCAAACAGAAAUCAGCACGUCUUUUGGGAUGCCUUCCAUCCAACACAAGCUGUCAAUGCAAUCCUUGCAGAACGACUUUGGAUGGGUCCACCUGCUGAUUGCUAUCCAAUCAACAUGCAACAAAUGGCUCUAAUAUAAACUACAACAAUGAAUAUGUACCUGUAACCCACAUGCUUUUAUAUAAGAUUGGUAAAACAUAAAGGAUGCUCAUCAUGUAUACCUUUGUUCUUGUCAUGUGAUUUGAAAGAAAUUUGAAUCCUGAAUAUGUUUUGUUGGUAAAUUAUUUGCCAAGAAUUGCAGCCAA